AUGCGUCGAGCAAUGUCAAGAGUUGCAAAGAAAAGUUCAAGAGUUAUGCCGCAAUCACAAACUGUUCAGCGAAUCUCAGGGUCCAAGGCCAUCGAUAAUCUUUCAAAGAUUCAGUUAUCAGAUGAGCAGGUACAAUUGAAGGCCGGUGUGUUUGAUUUCAUCAAGAAGAAGUUGUUUAAUUACGAUGGAAAACCUUCAAUGUACGUUAUCGAAGGUGAUGCAGGUACAGGGAAAUCAGUAAUUUUGAACGCGUUGUUCAAUGAUUUGCAGAAACAAUCCAUGCACGGGUCUGCCAAUGACAUUUUGAAAGGUACCCAUAACUACUUGGUGGUGAACCACCCCGAAAUGUUGAAAUUAUACCAUCAGAUUAGUAGAUCUUUCCCAUAUAUUAAAAAAUCGUCAUUGGAAAGACCCACUUCUGUAAUAAACAGUUUGAACAAGACCAAUUCACAAUGCGACGUGAUUAUUGUGGAUGAAGCACAUUUGUUAGCUACCUCUAAGGAUGCAUUCAAAAAGUUCUACGGGGAUAAUCAUUUAAAAGAUUUGAUGGAACUGUCUAAAGUGUUGAUUGUAGUGUUUGAUGCUAAACAAUCUUUAAGAAUGGGGUCGUAUUGGGACGAUGAACGGGGCAAUGGCUCAAAUUUGCAGUCGUUUUACGACUCAUUGCCUGUUGAGAAUAGGAAAUGGUAUACGCUGAAACAACAGUUUAGAGUUGUAGCGAAUAAAGACACCUUAGAUUGGAUCCAAGCUAUUAGUACUGAGGGUAAGAUCUUACCUUUCCCCAAAUCAGUCCAAUCUGGUCAAUCCAAAUUCGAUUUCAAGAUUUGGGAUGAUUGUGGUGCCAUGUACACCGCAUUGCGAGAGAAGAACGAUGAGAAUGGUCAAUGUAGAAUGUUAGCCACUUAUGAUUUCCCAUAUAGGUUGGAUGGGAAGGAUUACUUCGUCCAAUGUGGUGAUAACUUUAGAGUACGUUGGGAUAGGUACACUCCAAGAGCUCUUUUGCCGUGGUCUGAGAGGGAAGAUACUUUUGAAGAAGUUGGAUCCGUGUAUACAAUUCAAGGUUUCGAUUUGAACUGGGCAGGUGUCAUCCUUGGACGUAGUGUUGGAUACGAUGCCAAGACCGAUUCCAUCAAGUUGAAACCCGAGUUCUACGACGAUCAUGCCGGCUUCACUAAGAAGAAGAACAUCAAAGACGUCGAGAAAGUCAAGGCAAAGAUUAUUAUGAAUAGUAUAAACGUCCUACUGACUCGUGGUGUGAAGGGUCUAUAUAUCUAUGCAUGGGAUCCAGAGUUAAGAGAAAGGCUGAAUCGUAUAUAA